AUGGACACAUUCUCCAAGAAGCGAUCCAUCUUCACUGAUCUGCCCAAGUUCUACUAUAACCCCACCGACGCUCAAUUUACGAACCAUACAAUUGCCGGUGUAGAUCCAGCUACGGCAACUCUCGUCAACACUUUUACUCUGAACUCCGAUCUAUCAACCAACAUGUACACUGGCAUCCUCGUCAGUACUUUCUUAGCAACGGCGCUCGCGGCACCACUCGUCCAACGACAGUCGCCCCAGACCGGCGAAAAUGAUAGCUGGCAAUCCGCGCCCGACACAACAACAACAUGCGACGCCGCCUCCGACAAGUCGAUCAGCUUCAUGCGUGGCCCCCAGCUUGAGACCGUCCUCGAUAACGCCUGCGCUGCUAUGAUGCCUCCUUGCGCCUAUCAAGACCGCAUCGCCAAGGGUACUGUCUGCACGGCAACUCUUGAUUACCCACUCGACGGCCCCAAGAGCAGCACACAGCACGCCAACGUUGUUGAUAGCGAUGGCAACAGUAUUAGCGGUUGGGAUAUCAAGUUCGAUGUUACCCCAGCUACCCAGCCUGAUAGCUCUGCGGGUGUUUUCUGGAAGGUUGAAGACUGUUACGGCUACUUCGCUCACAUGCUCCAGAAGUCAGGCUCGGAGGGCUGCCACAACGGUGUGGGUUCUGGUAUCGGCAGUGUGAAGGUUGGCGGUGAUAGCUCACUGGCUGGUACGGACUUCAAGGUCACCAUCGUUCCUAGGGAGGCUUAG